UGAUGUGUUUUGUGGCUUUUUGCUGUGCACCAACCUCACCCGUGCGCCGCGCAUUGGCCAGCUCCAAGGAGAGGUCAUCCCGACUUCCUUUUACCACCAAGGCCGUGUCAUCGACUGCAGUGGUGCCCAUGUGGUCUUAGAUGAUGACACGGAUGUGGGCUAUGUAGAGGAUGGGACACCGUGUGGUCCAUCGAUGAUGUGUUUAGAUCGGAAGUGCCUACAGAUCCAAGCCUUGAAUAUGAGCAGCUGCCCGCUCGACUCCAAGGGUAAAGUCUGCUCAGGUCAUGGGGUGUGUAGUAAUGAAGCUACCUGCAUCUGUAACUUCACCUGGGCAGGGACGGAUUGCAGUAUCCGGGAUCCAGUUCGGAACCCUCAUCCCCCCAAAGAUGAAGGACCCAAGGGUCCUAGUGCCACCAACCUCAUAAUAGGCUCCAUCGCUGGUGCCAUCCUGGUAGCAGCUAUUGUCCUUGGGGGCACAGGCUGGGGAUUUAAAAAUGUCAAGAAGAGGCGGUUCGACCCUACUCAGCAAGGGCCCAUCUGACCCUGCCUCCCCAGAUGGAUGCCUCCUCGCGCUGCUGGGCUCUGGGGAUGACACGCUCGCAGCUGUGCUGCCGGAACUUCUCAGUCUGUAAACAGAAACUUGGGGUGGCGAUGAUGACAUUACUGAAGUUGGGGUGAUAGGGAUGGGGUAAAAGAAAACUAUCCCUUUUGGAAAUAAUCUCAAAGAGCCCCUCCCACCCCUCAUCAAUAAAGGGGGGCAAAAGACUUUGUUAUGAAAAGACCUGUUUCAGAAUCUUUUUUUUCUAACUAAAGGAAGAAGGAACAAAAAAAAUCAAGUGCAAUAAAAGAACCAUUAAAAAUAGCAAAUGAUUAUUCCCCCAGCCUGCUGGCACUUAAUAUCUUCUAAAUGAUCUGGCAUGAUUUCGUUCCUUUACUACCAAUGGCAAACUCCAGCGGCAUGAAGACCUAGUUUCUGAAAGGGCACAAACUGCAUGGCACACACACAGCUACAACCUUGCAGCCAGCUCUCCACAGAGCCUGCCACAGACCCCGAGGGUGACAGUGAUGGCUGCAGCUGUCCCGGCCCCUUCACCAGACACCGCCCGCCCCCACCCAUGGCAUCCCCCCCAUGCCCUCUACAGCCACCACCCUGCUUGAGGUCAGGCCAUGGCAGCAUUCCACGGACCGUGCUCUCGGCCACUCGCUUGCCCGUGGGUUUUACCCUGGAUGGAGCAGCCUUUGGAAGCAAGAGCUGGAAUGUGAACCACGAUGCUAUUGUAUAGUUCUUUUAUAAAUGUAAAUAUGGAAAUAAGAUUUUGACACGUCAUUUUCACUUGUCUGUAUUGAAAUAUUUUUCUUGUAAAGGUUCUCUGUAAAUCUGAGUGUAUCAUUUGCUCCCCA